AUGGGGAAACCCCUCCACCUCCACAAAUCAAUCCAGGAUUGCCUCUCCAAGAUCAAGCAAUCCACGCCCCACCUCCAUUUCCCCUCCUCCAAAGCUCUCUCCUCUUCCACCACCCGCAUCCUCCGAGGCUGCAGGCACCCAAAGACUCUCUCCUUCGCCCUCACUCGAAACCUCCAAGAACCCCACGACAAUGGCGAUGACGCCGCCACGCUCGAGGACAUCGACCGCUUUCUCUUCGAGAAUUUCAAGUCACUCUACAUAAACGACGACGACGCAGGCGGAGAUCACAACUCCUCCGGGACGAUGAAGAAGAAGAUGGAAUAUUCCGAGGAAGAAAAUGCGACUGGUUUUUCCAGGACGAGCGAAACGACGUCCGAGGACAUGGGCUCGAGCUCCACCGCCCCCCGCGACGGCACCACCGGGGAAGAACUGGGGCCGGACGACUUCAUCACGGUGUUCACGUACUCGCCGAGACCUUACGACGAUUUCAGGCGAUCGAUGGAGGAGAUGAUCGAGGCCAGGAUGCAGCAUCGGGGGAAAGUGGACUGGGAAUUCAUGGAGGAGUUGUUGUUUUCUUACAUGAAUCUGAACGACCGGAAGUCGUACAAGUACUUGCUCAGCGCGUUCGUGGACCUCGUCGUCGACUUGCGGGAGAAUUGGGGGAGAGUUCCGGCGAUGUCACGGUCGCCGGCGGAGAAGAGGAAUUCGAGUUCGAUCGCCCUCGCCGCCACCUACUUCCGAUCCGGUUGCUUCGUCGCUCUUGCAGCUGUCAGCUUCGUUGCACUCGCCUCUGGUUCGUUUCGGUGCUCCUCGCCAUCUGCUUCAGCACCUCACUUCGUCGCCUUCGUCGUCGUCACCCUCGCUGUCAUGCCGUCUUCCGCUUCGUCGCACUCGUCGCCAUCUACUCAGCACUCCCUGGUUGCUGCCCUCUUGUAA